AUGGCUUGGGAUUAUGAACGGCUGCAAGUUCAUUUUAAUGAAAGAGAUUUAAAAGGCAUUCUUGCAAUCCCUUUAAGCUCAAGAACUCCACCAGAUGAAUUGACACGGGCCUUCUCAAAAAACGGCAUGUACAAUGUGAAGACAGCCUACAUGCUUGGUAAGGGUUGCAACCUUGAUGACUUCCACCGUGCUUGGGUUGACAUAUGGAAGGCGAAUGUAAUCCCGAAAGCUCGUAAUUUUCUGUGGCGGCUAUGUACAAACACGAUCCCUGUUCGUUGGCUCUUAAAGCACCGUCACCUUAUGGAAAUUGACUUGUGCCCAUGGUGUGAAUGUGAAGCCGAAACCUGGCAGCAUGCUUUCUUUGAGUGCGAGCGAAUCAAGAAUCUCUGGGUCAAGUUGGGCAGUGCAGAGAUGAGAAAAGAUGUGGGCUCUUUAUCUCCAUGUGACCUGAUUGAAAGUUGGAAGGAUGUGGAGAAAGAAGUCAUGAUCCGAGCCAGGGUAUUGAGAUGGGUCGAGGAAAGUACCAACUUAUCCAAAGCCUCCAACAGAGCUGCUGCUGUCAGUCUUUGCUCAAGCCCGAAAAGAUGGACUCCCCCUCCUAUUGGGACCAUCAAGAUUAAUGCAGAUGCAUCUGUAAUGAGUGAUGGCUGGGUUGGGUUGGGAGUGGUUGCGAGGAACGAUAAGGGGGCAGUUUUGUUUGCAGCAUCGAGAAGGAUUCGCGCAUGGUGGUCGAUCGAAAUAGCUGAGGCGAAGGCAGUCGUUUGGGCAAUAAGCUUCGGCUCCAAGUUUGGAUAUAGCAAUGCAGUAAUUGAGUCAGAUUGUCAAGCCAUUAUCACAAGACUUACGAAGGAGGCAAUGUAUAGCACUGAUUUGGACUUGGUGUUAGGCGAUGCAAUGGCACAGAGCACUCCCUACGGUAGCAUACAACGGAGUCAUGUGAGACGGGAAGGCAAUACGGUAGCCCAUAACCUUGCAAAUUUCAUUCCUUUCGAUUUUGAGCAAAUUUGGGAAAACUUUGUUCCCCCUAAUGUAGCCCCAUAUGUACUUAUGAAUGCUAUUGGCAUUUAA